AGUCUAGAGGUACACGCUAACAGUAACGUUAGUGUUUUUCUCGUUUGGUGGCAUAAUUCACGCGCGAUCCAUGCCUCGCCAGCAACAACGUUUUUCCUCCAUUGUUAUAAAGAUUUUUGUACAUUUUUUCGUUUGUUUAUUUUAUUAGAAUUUUUUUUUAUUUUUUAUUGUAAAAUUUGUUGUUGUGUCAAUUAAAUUGACGAACUAAAUCAUCGAAUACACCGGAUCGUAGAAAUUCUUGGAGUUAAAUCAACGAAAAUUAACUACAAUUUGAACGAGAAAAUAAAAUACGACGACAAUAAAAACAGUGCCUGAGAGAUCGUAAAAGGUGUACGUCUACGGAAUAAAUAGCACAAAUUAAAAGCAGAAUAUUUGGUUUUUUUUUGUUCGUUUUGUGUAUGUGAAGAAGUAAAAAAAAGAACAAACUGUUAAAAUCCAAUUGAUCGAAUUCGAACAGCGUACACAAAGUAGUAGUGACGAUAAAAUUGCACCGUGUUCGUGAUAGAUGACGCGAUCAAAGACGGAAAAACGUGUAUUGAAAACUUGAUCUAUCUCGCUAGUAUAGUUGAAGCCAAACGAGUCGCACACCGAUAUAGGUCAUAGCUGUGCUAACCCAUUUUCUUGUCUCGCACACACUCCGAACGCUCCGUUCUGUUCUGUUCACCGUGGCGAACCGUGCGCUUACACCAUUCAGGCUUUUCCACUAAAACGAAUCAGCUGCGUUCUUUUUCUAGCUGCAAACGAUCUUCGAGUUGUAGCCACUGUCGCCGCCACCACCGACGACGACGUAGUGCUGUACACCAUAGCAAAUAUCAUCGACUUAAUUGCAAUCAAUUUAUCUGUUUGGAUCGUCUCUCUUGCCCAGUCAGUCGUUGCUUUUACUCAUUCAUGUAAUUCGAGAAUUGCCGACGCCUUGCGAAUAAACAGCAAAUUUUAAUGGUGAAUGAUUAUUAUAAUAUUGCAUAUGGUGCGUGUGUAUUGUGAACAUUUUUAUAUAAAUAUUCGAUGUGAGAAAAUGAACAGUGAUUUUUGCAGAAAUUGAUGAUAAACAUAAAGCAGUAAUUGCUGAUUUCAUUGUUAUGCUCAGUUGGUGCGCGCAAAAGCCAAGAGUUCAUCAUCAAUGUUUUUAAUGCUCUGCUAUGGAUCCCCAAUCAUAAACACUUUAAUUGAAUAAAAAAAACAAGAAUUUCCGAGUGUGACCGAGCACACAUAAAAAUCGAUGACAAAUUGCAGCGGUGACUUUUUUUCCAUGCUGUUGAAAACGACAUACACAUGAGAUAGAGAGAAGAAGAAUUGCUGACCUUUUGGGUAAUAAAAGCCACCAACAUAAACCCACAUAUUAAAGACCAACCAGUCGGUUUGAGAUUACGCCGUCUUAAUGAUCACCAUUAUUUUGAUAAUAAAGAGACAUUUUAAGAAAUUCUCCGCACAGUGAGUCACUAUUUUUAGCCAGUGUCAUUUGGGUGAUUAAAUCGAGAUAGAGAGAAAAAAAACGUCGUAAACUUCCCAAGGAAAUUAUCGGCGCCGCUUGUGUUUUCCCUUCUUUCGUUUCCAAUUUGAAACGAAGAGAUUUAUGCUGUUGACAAGCAACGAACAAAAAAAACGGUUUACGCUGCAUAACGGUAGUGCUUUAUUAGACAUUGUUUAAUUAAAAUUAUUGAAAAACAAUUUGCUGAAAGUGAGAGAAAAAGAGCAAGAAAAUCUCUUAGAAACAUUAACACUCAAAAAAACACUCACUUAUGUUUUGUUUGUGACUUGUGAACCGCCCAUGCGCCGAACCGAAUAGAAGAAAAAAAGAAUCAAGCAUCUCUUUUUGCCAAUUUGAAGAAAUGACGUCAAGUGACAAAAAAGCAAGUAAUUCAAUUCAGUGAGACAAGAGAGAAAAAAAACACGAUACUUUUGUUGUGAUUGUUUGUGUUGAUUGAAGACAAAUCGGUGUUGAGAGAGAGAUUUGUUUUUGAGUAGGAUGAGUAAUUAGGAUUUUUACUCGGAGACCAAUUUAGAAAACCGUAAAUGAAGUUAUAUGCAGCAACGAACCAAUACGAGUGGAACAGUCAGUGCUUUUAAUACGGAAUUCGUGCGGAAUAUUUUUUUUUCGUACGUUGAUUUUCUACUUCAACAAUCGAUACAAAAAAAAACUGUCGUCGUCGUCGUCGUCAUCGUCAUCGCAACCGGAUGCACAACGUAACCAAUUGAAUUUUAAGUUCCGCCGUUGUUGCUGUGCCAUUCGCUACCUAUUUUCUUUUAUCAGCGCAUGCAACAGUUGAGUCGCUUAUCACAAGCCGCGGAAAAAACACAUCAACUGAAACUGAAGAGUAGAAAAUUGGCUUCAGCCAAAUGCAAAAGACAAUAGAAGCAGAAAAUUUCGCAAGCAAUUUAACAGCAACACGUUCCGAUCUGUGCAUAUAAUCAUCACAUUGCUGUUUGCGCAAAAGCAAUAAAACUACGAAAAUUAUCGGAUUUUCUGUUUCGUUGCGAAUAAAUUUGCUGCUUUUUUUUCGGUGUGGAUUUUUGGUGCGCGUGCGCUCUCGAAACGGGAUUAAGUGAAGUGUUUUAGUGCUCUACACGCCUUCGAAUCCAUAUCCAUCGACGAAUGUGCAGAACAAAAAAAGCUAAAGCAAAUUAAUUUUUUCUCUCUGCACAUUGAAAUCAGCCACACCAUACAAACACACACUCACUCACGCGCUUGCUCCGCUGACUUAACGAAUUUGUUUGGAAUGAGAAGAGAGAAAAAAACCCGAGCAAUCAACACCCGAGCAUCGAAUACGAAUUUCAGCCACAUAGUAAUGCAUCAGUCUCACCGCGUACAAAAUACUCUUCUGUAUCUUAAUUAAUUAUGUGAAAGCGUUGCGAACAGAGAUAGAGAGAUCCCUAAACUAUAACACAAUAAAAAGAGACGUAGAGAAAAAAAGCAUAAAAUUAACGCUCAAGAAUAUCGCCACAUGCAAUUAUCAUUAUAAUAAUCAAGCCAAGUGUGAAUUAUUGAGCUGCAAAAAAGAAGGAAAAACGUGCACACAGAAAUCCAUCCGAGAAUCUUCGACGCCGCCAUACAACUGCUGCAACAAUCGCCACAAAUUCUCGCCUUAAUUUCACUAAAUACGAAAAUUGAUUAGCAUAUCUACUGGAACGAUAUUGCGGUCGAAAUCAACACCAGCAGCAACAGCGCCGUUUUGAUUAUGCAUGCAAAGAAGAAAAAACCUACCGCAUCAACACUUAACUGAGUCGCCAUAAAAUCACCAACUGAAACUUCCUGCAAUCAAUGACCGAAACCCGAAUUUAUUUUUUUUAUUUAUGCACUACUCAGCAAAAGCACACUCAGGCCCCCCCUAGCCUAACCGCAUAACACAUCGUUAACAUCGAAUUCAAUUUCAAUGCCUAUUCAUAGACAAUAACACAUUUUGCAUGUGUGUGAACAACAACAACAACAAAUGCAAUAAGAGAAGGAAAAAUCCCAACACCGAGAGUUGACAGUACACAUAAAUAGAGAGAGAGAGAGAAAUAGACAGUGAAAAGAAAAAUCCAAGUUCAAAGUGUAGUUUUAUCUGACAUGAUCAAAGUUGCACGUUUUGUUUUUCAAAUUGACAUUUAACCACUGAAACGUCGUACGGUGCAUGCGUCAAAUAAGACAAUGACAAUUUGCCGAUUCAACGUAACCAAUUUCAUUUACUGAUUUAUACAAUUCGAACAAUUUGUGGAAUUGAUGCGGGAUUAUUACGAAUAAUAUUCACUUGUUUUGCUUCGAUUCCGGCUACGGAUACAUUACGCGAGAUAACUAGAUAUUCGAAACACGAAUUACGCAAAUCAAUCCCAUUACAGAGAUACCGAGAGAGAGAGAGAGAGAGAGAGAGAGAGAGAGAGAGAGAGAGAGAGAAAUUUAUACUGAGAAAGAGUGUUGAUUUGCUGAAAUACAACGGGCAACGAUAAAUCAAAUCAUAGAAGAAAACAACAACCACGUUUACUACCUAACUAGCUCUAUGGUUAUUCAGUUGAAGGCUUUACAAGAAACUAUGUCGACUGGUAGCAUGGAUAUUACGGAGACAUUUCGCACUGACGAUAUUACAAAAACCGAUUUCUUCGAUUUUGUUACCGCACCCGAUACUAUCGGCAUUGGCAUCAACGAUCGUGUCACUUCCGACACCAACGGUAACAAUUUGGAUGCACCGCUACAGGGAUUCGAUCAGUUUUGGGGUGCUGAAAAGGAUACAAACCGUUUUGAGUCAACGAUAUUCGAGGAUCUAAAUCGUUACUGUUGGACACAGCAGAAUAAUUCGGGUGAAUUGGGUAGUCAGGUGUGCAACACAGACGGUCAAAUCUAUACUUUAACGGUAUUAAAUGGGAAUGAGCCAUGGCUGUUGAGUCAGCAACAAGAGCCAACAAUGGUACAGCGCAAAGUUUGUGAUACAGCCGAAGAGACGCCAGCACCAGCACUUGACUUUGAUAGUCUAUUGAAUACGUUCCCCGGUUAUAUCAAAACCGAAUACUCCUAUGAUGACAGCGGAUUCUCAACUGACAAACAAGACGAUAUUCUCAUUCAUUCAUCGUCGUCAUCAGUGUCGAAUGCAUCGUCCAUAUCAAAUGUACAACAGCAGCAACAGCAGCAACAGCAGCAACAGCAUCCGCAGCAUCCGCAGCAGUCACAACAGCAACAACAGCAGCAAACACAUCAGCCAACCAUUCAAAAUCAACACAGCCAACAGCAACAGAUCCCGGUUACCAAUAGCACGAAUUUAAAUAGCACACUAAACGCCGCAUUUCACAAUAAUAACAACAAUGAUUGGCAAAUGGCUGAUCAUAACAUCAUCGUCGAGGAUGGCAACGAGACACCAGAGUCACUGUUACGCAGUGCACUUCAGGGUAAAGGCUAUGCAAAAGGUAUGCAGAAUACGGUAACUGUUAUUCCAUCCAUAAACAGCAUCAAAACGGACGGUACACUGAGGCGAGCCAUCUUCUCCAAUGACGCUCAGACAACAUUAACAUUUGCCGAUUCAACGCUGAAUACACCGCUAUUCGAUGAGAAUCAUUCGGGUGUGCAAUCGACCAAUUCUUCACUGCCAACAUCAAAUCAAUCGGAUGGCACCGAAAAUGGUGUUAUGGUCGAUGACAUGUUUUUAACAUUGGACUCAUCGUUUACCGAUGAUUUUGAGAAAAUCAAACGAAUCGCGUCCGAUGUUCAACAAUUUUGUAUCUCCGACGAUUUCACCGAGAUGAUUACUGAAGUUGCCAUUCCGCCGAAUGCGGCAUCGAUUGUAACCACAACCGCAAUGCCUCAACAAGAUAUUGUCACCACAUCGAGCAGUGUAUUGAUCAACAGUAGGCCGAACAUCACCACCACAGCCAAGCCAAACAAACCGCCGAAAAAAUACAAACGAUCACCCAACCACAAUAACAAUAACAUUAAUGUCAACAACAACAAUUUAACAAACAGUAACGGUAAUAUGAAUCUCAAUACAGCCAUCAAUGGACAGCGCAAAGAACGCUCUUUGCACUACUGUUCCAUAUGCUCAAAAGGUUUUAAGGACAAAUACUCAGUGAAUGUUCAUCAUAGGACUCACACAGGAGAGAAACCUUUCGCGUGUUCGCUUUGCGGUAAGAGUUUCCGGCAGAAGGCUCACUUGGCCAAGCACUACCAAACGCAUUUGGCCCAAAAGAGCGCAAUCACCACAAAAGGAUCGAAAGCUCAGCAGCAGCAGCAACAACAACAACAACAGCAUCAGCAGCAGGCUCAACAGCCGCAUCCCGGUCAAACAACCGUACCGUCUACCGUUCUUACCAACGGGACCAGCAUUAUCAGAUAAAUUAAUUGCCUUCCUUUAAUUUGUAUCGCUCAUUUGCCAAUUUUUUUUUUCUAAGAGACUUUGCACAUUUCUUUUCCUCGUUUGUUUAAAAAAAACUUCUUUUUGGAUUUGACCGAUUGAUAGAAGACUAAAUUUGCAUAAGAUUUUUUUUGUAUUUCGUUUGAUUGAUUUUCUUCAUAUUUUAUAUAGAUAAAGAAAAGAAGAAAUGGACAACAUUUUUUAUUGUUUUCUCCUAUGUCUCGUUUGAAUUAAUUUAUUUACAUUUUACGAAUGGUUAGUUUUUUUUUGUUUUGUUUAUCAUUUUUCUUUUCUUUUGAGAUUACCCUAACUGACUUGGCAGUUCCAUGUAUCCGAACCAGGCCUCAUGAAAUGAAUACUCACUUUGGAUAGAUAGUUUUUUUGUGCGUGCGAGCGUGUAUGCGAGAGAGAGAGAGAGAGAGAGAGAUUGAAAGUGUUGGAAUUCAAUCGAAUCGUACUCUAAGUUAUUGCUCCUUUUUUUAAAUAUAUAGUUUUUGUUCCUUUGGUUACCAUAUAUGAAUCUUGAGAGAAAAAAAAACACUUUUUUUAGUGUCGUAGAUGUGUUGUAUUUGAGUUAAACUCUCUUUAUGAAUAUAUUUUUUGGGAAAAGAUUCCAAUGCGAUGCGCAUUCACAUGCGAACAGCAUUUUAGAUUCUUAACAUUUAAUGUAGAAUGAUUAUUUUAACGAAUUUUCUUUUUGAUUCAUUUAUUUUCAUGUUUAAUACUCAUUAUUAUAUGAUUAAUUCGUUGAAUGCUAUUGAUAUGGAUGACAAGAUGGAGAGAUUCUACCAUUUGUUUGGAUUGGUCAUGUUUGUCCAAUUUGUUUCAGUAUGUACGUGUCUGUGUGUCGCGUUUAGAACGUAAAUGUUUAUUUUUUUUGUUAAAAUUUUUGUAAAUAGCUUGAGCAAAGCAAGAUAUUGAAACGAUUGCUUGUAAUUUUGGAAUGAAACAGGAACACUCUUAGCUUUUAUCGCAUCAAUGGAAUCGAACUUUUGAGGAAGUUUUCCAAUUUUUUUUUCUUCUCAUUCUGUGUAUAGAUGCUCUUUUUUGAUAAAAUUUUUAUAUUCUAAUUGCUUUUGUUUGAACACAACAAAAAAAAUGGAACGGUAACAAUCUUAUUUGAACAACGACACGCUGUGAUCAUACACACUUUACUCAUUUACACGAUUACGAGGUGGAAUAGCAAAGAAACGCGCGAUUUGCUAAGAUGAAAAGAAGAAGAAACAAACGAUUGUAAUUGAUGAGACACAUCAAUCUCGCAAACUCUUGCCAUUUACAGAAAAGAAAAUAUUGUGUUUUUGCGUAAAAUCGUUGGGAGUCGAUGCAAAGAGGGUAACGCAUGAGUUUCAGGCGGUUUUUGACAAGGUAUUUUUGUUGUUGUUUUAGUUCUCUUAAUUGGAAAUGAUUGAGGCAAAUUCGGUCAAAUAUUUAUCGAUUCUUAAAUUAGAAACAAAAAAUACUCGCAAUACUUGCCAAUGCCACCGAAAAAUGUUUGUCAAACCAUUUGCUUCGAAACAGAUCGAAAUAGAUCGCUGAAUUGGUGAGCUCAAUUCAACGCAGCUACUUUCCAAUUAAGCAAGAAAGAUUCCUUAAUUCACACGGUACAGUUGCCAAUUCCGUUGACAAACGUUUAAUCACUUAAACAAUUUAACUAUAUUAUGUACGUGUUUUGGUUAGAUUUAGUAGUCUUUAUAUAGCCGAUUUCAUCACAAGCUCUUACCUUUUUUCUAUUAUUUAGACAAUCACCAUACGCAUUUACAUCCGAUUAUCGUUUUUUAUUGAUUCAAUCAUUCUUUUUGUGGGAAAUUCCCUUCUAAUUUCUCAUCUCACGGACUCGGUUUUACUUCGCUGAUUCAGUCAGUUGCAGAUCGAAAAGUCCUAGAGACAGAAUUUAGUUGAAUCUUUUUCACAUUUUAUGAUUUAUAUAUACUUAAGCAAAAUCAGAAAAAAAAACAUAUUUAUUGCUCUAUUUAUAUAUAUCUAUUGAAACUAAGAGAUUCAUGUGCGCAACUCCUUUCUCUUCGUUCGCUACAAUUUCUAUUUCUUCAUUUUUUAUUAUUACUCUAAUUAUAUAUACAGUUUUAUAACGAUUUUCUAUCAUUUAAUCUUUUUCAAAUAAAAUUACUUUAGACGCUAUAAGCAUUCAAGAAUAUUUCCAUAUCAUAGAGUUAUCGAAUGAAUUUAUAUUUUAUGUAAUGUUUCUAUUUUUUUCUUUUUUUGCGGAUCAAUAUGAAUUCAGAGGAAAAACAAUAUUAAAGAGUAAAAAAUCAUUUGAAUAAAAA